GGCCUUUAUUCGUAUAUUCAAAUUUACUAGAUUCGAUUAUCCACUUAUUAUACUAUACUGAAUUGUUUGUUCGUUUGAUUUCUGUUCUUUUACUUAACUUAUUACAUAAAUAUAUAUAUUUAUAGAUGGAUAUUAAUGAAGAAAUACAAGAGCUAGAAGAAGAAGAAAAUAUAUCUCCAAUAAUUCAAAUAUUUGAACGUCUUACAUUUGAACGAGGUCAUGAAAUACAUGAUCAAGUUUCAUCAAUGAUUGAUUUAUUUUCAUUAUCAAAUGUAACAUUAGAUAUGUUAGAUAUAUUAAUUGAAUGUGUUAAAAUCGUCUUUAUUCAUCAACAAACAAAUAAAAAUAUGAGAACAUUAGAUUUUUUAAUUACAUUAACACAUGUUACACAUAUUAAUUAUACAACUAAUAAAAAUUUAUCACUUGUUUUUGAUGCUCUUAUUGAUAUAUUUAGUCAGACAAUGGUAGCCAUUGAUAGUCAAAUUCGUUAUACAACAUUUUGUAUUCUUAAUAAACUUCAAUCAUUUAUUGAUCUAUCUCGAUCACCUUAUAUACAUGAUCAAUUUGAACAAU